GUACGAAUCUGUUUCCGUAUCGAGAAGGUGAAUCGUAUAUGGCCACGUCUGCUUCACAUCUACAGAGUACAGUAAUUCAUUCUCACCACACGAUAACAUGCCUAAUGUGGGACGACCUAGCCGCGAUUGCUAUGCAUGUCGCAAACGACGCGUUAAGUGCGACCUCAUACGACCAGAGUGUAACCAGUGUCAAAGAAAAGGACUGCCAUGCCCAGGAUAUCGAGAUGAGUUGGACAUGCGUUUCCAUGUGGAGAGCGUUUCUUCCUUUCAGUCGCAUAUUGGUAAAGACCGCCGUAGAACAAGCAAUCAAGAUGAGGGUAAACCUUCUGCCUUGAUUGACACCCGAUUUCAAUGUGCGGUCACGGGCCAGCUGAAAUGUCAUCCAACGCCAGCUGAUCCAUCUCCUCAUUCAUCUGAACGAUGCUACACUCUCCAGUAUCGUCUAGCUGAACCAAUGAAGGAUCAUUUUAUGGCUUUGGCCAUGCAUAAUUUUAAAUUAUCCCUUUAUUUGGAUGAACGCAUCUACAGCACCAUUCUACGCGUCGUUUCUAAAGCAGAAACAGGGUCUGUUCUCUACCAGGCUUGUAACGUCAUUGGUUGUUCUUAUAUGGCAAACACAACUAUGUCUAUUGAGGUUCUCUCUCAUCAACCAAGGGCAUACGGAGAUGCUAUUACUGCUAUAAAUCUAGCCCUCCAUAAAGCUGGAGAAAGCAAAACCGACAAUACUUUCUUGGGCAUCUUGCUAUUAUCCAUGUAUAAGCUUUUUUCAACUGGACAAACCACCGUGAACUCUGUUCUUGGAUCUUCUGAAUGGAAAGUCCACAGUUCUGGACUGAUACAGUUAACUCAACUACGAGGUCUGGAGAAUUUUAGCACACCGGAUAAGCGAAAUUUGCUCGUAAUUUUCUAUAAUAUGCUGUUAAUGCAAGCUAUCGUAACUGGCCGACCCCCUCCCAAAGCUAUCUUGGUAUGGAUUCAAGGGUUCUACCAGUCUUGUGACCCAUCAGAAUAUCCCGUGGUUCGACAUCUUAUUUUCUCCUAUCACUGUUCAGCCCUUUGCAGUCGUAUUAGAUGCCUCCUUAAUCUAGGAAACCUUGAAAAGGUGCUAUCUGAUUCACAUUCUAUCCUGCAAGACAUGGAAUACCUCGAAAAGGAAACGUACCCCUUAUCUCAUGAGAAUCCCAUCACGGACUAUAUUAUAGAACCGCCAUUGGUAUUGUGCAGUGAUACUGAUCCAGUGGGCCAGUUUUCUAUAGAUCAAUACAUCCAUCAAAUCCAUAUCAGAAUGCGAGUCUCACACCACAUCCUGGAAUUUCUCUCCAAAGCUUCUAGAGCCCCAUAUUGCACACCCGAGCAGCGAAUCAGUUUCACCCACUUUCAACGUCGCGGCGUUGAAGAACUUCAGGCGCUUGCGAGUAAAGUUUCACUCAUUUCAGCUACAGAUCCCGAUAAGUAUUCUCAUGCCCGCCUCGUUUACAUUGAUCUAUACCUCAACCCGCACCUGUCCUCGAGAAUCAGAUGCCGCAACGUGCUGUUGUGGCAAUAACUACACCUGCCUCCCCAACAGGAGGUAUCUAAAUGAUGCCUAAAAACUCGACCAGCCGCUGGCGUAGUUCACGGCAGAUGUUACUGGGAGUGGAGAUAUACAAUGAUUGCUUCCAUUCCUCAACUUGAGAGCCGGGAUCUGGAGUUCUGUCAUUCCCGCAAGGGAAUAAAUGCCUCUAAGGAACCUAAUUCUAAAACCAUCUAGAGUUAGCUUUCCAACAUGGCUUGUCAAAUGAGGAAAAUAUGGCGCUGAAACUAAGAAAAAUUAUAAACGGU